UGCAUUUCUUCCGGAGUCGAGGCGCUGGGGUCACGGCAGCGAGGGAGCCGGGUGGUAAGUUUGCGGUCCCGCCUUCCCUCCCCGGGCCGGCGCAGAGGCUCCUGCGGCGUGUUGGAGCCCCGUUCUCCACGCACAGCUUCCGCCAUCCGGCCCCAUCUCUCCCUCCCUCCCCUCCUCCCCUCCUCGGUCUUAGGGCAGACCUGCCCCGGCCCUCAGGUGUCCACCGCGGGCAGUCGGAGCCAGGCGCUUCCCUUGUCCACUGCAUGCCCAGCACAGCACUGGUGCAGAAUUGGCGUUCAGUGAGUGUGUAAAGGAAGAGGUGAGGGCAGAGUUUGAGCGGGUUAGUUAACGGCCCUCAUUUUACUGUCGUUGCAAAUCGACAGUAAUACCUGCGUGCUAGCACUGCUGCAGAGAAAAUAAAUCCUCAGGUUAUAGGAUUGCCUCACCGUUGGUCAAAAAAAAAAAAAGAGCCCAAGCCUGUUUUUCUUCCGUUUUCCAGAACAGGCUAAUUAACUUGCUCCUUUUAAUACCCAUCAUUGAGUGAGAAAACGGUUCUGGUGUUUGAAAUCUGGAGAAGGCAUCAGGAGAGGAUUACUUUGAACCUGAUUCACCGUUAAGGAAGUGCUUUGGUUUCUGCUACUAGAAAGCAGUACGAGUUUCACAGUCUUGGCUGCAGGCACACCCCAGUGCUUCAGUAAUAGAGCACGAAGAAGACUGUCAAUGACAGAUCUGCAGAAAAGGCUGUCUUGGAACAAUUUGGAUUUCCUUUAACUGGAACAGAGACUAGGUGUUACACUAAUCAUGCCUUGUCUUAUGAUCAAGCAAAGCGGGUGCCUAGAUGGGUUCUUGAACAUAUAUCCAAAAGCAAGAUCAUGGGUGAUGCAGACAGAAAACAUUGUAAAUUCAAGCCUGAUCCCAACAUCCCUCCAACCUUCAGUGCCCUCAAUGAGGACUAUGUUGGAAGUGGCUGGUCACGAGGACACAUGGCUCCAGCAGGAAAUAACAAGUUUUCAAGUAAAGCCAUGGCUGAAACCUUCUACCUUUCUAAUAUUGUGCCUCAGAAUUUUGAUAAUAAUUCUGGAUAUUGGAAUAGAAUAGAAAUGUAUUGCCGUGAGCUGACAGAAAGAUUUGAAGAUGUUUGGGUAGUAUCUGGACCUUUGACCUUACCUCAGACUAGAAGUGAUGGAAAGAAAACAGUUAGUUACCAGGUGAUUGGUGAGGACAAUGUGGCAGUCCCCUCACACCUUUAUAAAGUGAUCCUGGCUCGCAGAAGCCCAGAAUCUACAGAACCAUUGGCACUGGGGGCUUUUGUGGUUCCCAAUGAAGCCAUUGGCUUCCAGCCUCAGCUAACUGAGUUCCAGGUGAGCCUUCAGGACCUGGAGAAGUUGUCAGGUCUGGUGUUUUUCCCUCACUUGGAUAGAACUAGUGAUAUUCGGAAUAUAUGCUCUGUGGACACCUGUAAGCUCCUGGAUUUCCAGGAGUUCACUCUGUACCUGAGCACAAGAAAGAUUGAAGGAGCCCGUUCGGUGUUCAGACUGGAAAAGGUCAUGGAAAAUUUGAAGAAUUCAGGGAUUGAACCAGAUGAUUACUUCAUGAGUUGCUAUGAGAAGAAGCUAGAAGAACUCAGAGCUAAGGAGCAGUCAGGAGCCCAGAUGAGAAAACCAUCCUAGUUUGUGUUUAGAAGAUGUGUACUAAUCACCUAUAAUGAAGUUGGCAUGCCUUCUUCAAUCAGAUGUGUUGUAAUGGCUUUGCUUUAAAGAAAUGAUGGAAUCCUAAAUUUAAGACUAAAAAUCCCUCCAAAGGAUGAAAGAUCUGUAAUUUUUUGGUGUAUUUUUUGGCUUGGGAACUAAUUAUUAAGGAAACUGUCACAUCUGCAGAUGGAGAGCUGACCUUAUGUCAAAUUAACAAGAGGACUUUGUCCACAAGAUGCCACUGCAUUCAUGUCUGCACAGAUGAAGUGUGUGAAGGAAGGCAUUCUGCUUAUUUUAUGCCUCCAAAUCAUACAUUGACUGAUGUGUCUGCUCGACUGUCUUGGAACUGAGUAUGUUUUCUUUCCCUAGGAUCUGAGUUGGUCUUAGAGAUAGUUUUUUGAAAUCCUCUAUUAUCCUGUCCAAAUAUACUAUAUAAUUUAUUUCUUGUUGCUUCUUUCAUGAUCCUUCUGUU